AGUAAACAACCUUGGUAAAAUUAACUUCAACUAAUAUACGCAAUAAAUCUGUAUUUAAACCACGUUACGGUUUAGAUAAAAAAUUUCUCAAUAUGAAUAAAUUCGCAAAAUAUGUUGUGUUUAUACAAUUUGUAUGGAUUUUUGGCUGUAAUGGACAAUGUUAUUAUAAAAGUGUAGACGACAGUGUAACAUGUGAUGUUACUGACCUUACUGACAUUAAUUCAAUAGAAGAAAAGGAAACUGCCCUCAAAAUCCAUGUAGAAAAAAUGACAACACAAACCCUACCAUCUGAAGCUUUUGAAUACCCACUUUGCAACACUGUGAAAAUAUCCGGCAACGUUGAAAACCUCAAUAAAAACACGUUUGGUAACCUGAAGGACCUGAAAGUUCUAGAUUUAAAAGGCAACAAAAUUGCUCAUAUCCCCAAUGAUUUUUUUCCACCUUUAAGAAAAUUAACGGACUUGGAUUUAAGUCACAAUGAUCUCCCCUCCCCUACUUUGGAUACUUUUUAUAAGAUGGAUAUAAUAAAAACUCUUAAUUUGGGGUUCAAUAAAAUAAGAAGGCUUGUUUUAGGAGUGCUCGAUGAGGCCCAACCACUGGAAGUUUUGUUGUUAAAUAACAAUCACAUGAGUAAUUUAGAACUGGGUAUUUUUGAUCAAUUAAUUAAUUUACUGAAAGUAGAUUUAUCCUAUAACAAAAUUACAGUUAUACCACUAGGCAUUUUUGAUAAAUCCAAAAGUAUUAUAGAUUUAAAUUUAGUUGGAAAUAACUUACAUAAUAUACCAUUGGGUUCAUUUGACCUGUUGGUAAAUUUACAAACACUGUGGCUUUCAAAAAAUAAUAUGGAAAGUAUAAAAUUAGGCAUUUUAGAUGAACUAAGAAGCCUACAAUAUUUAUAUUUAAAUAACAAUCCAAUUAAAGCCAUACCUGAAGGUUUAUUAGAUGAAUUACCAAAUUUAAAGUUAGUUUCAUUGUCAAAUUGUUCUUUGAAUAAUUUACCAGAAAAAUUAUUCUACAAAAACCCAAACUUAAAAACCAUAGAUGUUUCUUUAAACAAAAUACAAGUUUUUAACAACAAAUUUGUUAAUAACAAAAAAUUUACAAACUUAAACAUAUCCCAUAAUCAAUUAGUAUUACUAAACCAAGAAUUAUUCCAAAACACAAACCUAAAAACCUUGGAUAUAUCAUACAAUAACUUACAAGACUUAAAUCCAAACUUAAUAAGAUUAAAAAUACUUAAACUUUACAUAAAAAAUAAUAAAAUAGUUUACUUAGACCCAAAAGAAUUUAAAAAUUUAAACUCCCAACUAAAAUAUCUUAACAUCAAAAACAACAAACUCAAUUUUCUGGAUGACGCAAUUUUUAAAGAACUUAAUGGUUUGGAUCAAAUAGAAUUUACUGGAAAUCCAUGGAUUUGUAAAUGUUUGGAAAAAAUGUUAAUAUUAUUACAAGCACAUCAAAUAACUUAUCAAAAAGAUAAAUAUUUUAAUGGGAAACAACCCAUUUGUAUUGCAAGCACUGAUCAAUGUACGAAUACAGCGUUGAAUGUUGAUAUUUAUAGAUUUCAAACCAUCAGAUCAGAUCGAACAGAUGGGUAUGGUGGAGUCGCAAUACUCAUUAAAAAUAACAUUAAACAUACUCAAAUUAACAAUUUCAAAUUUAACAAUAACAGAAUUCAACAAAUAACUAUAAAAAUGGGUAGCUUAAAUAUUAUAGGUAUAUAUUGUCCCCCACAAGACAAAAUACCAAAAAAUGCUUUCUAUAGUGAGUUAAAUGGACAGUUGCUUAUUAUGGGAGACUUAAACGCGCACCACAACACUUGGGGCAGUGCUCAGGUUAACCAUAAUGGCAAAAUAAUAUUUGAAUUCAUUAAAGACAAAAAUCUAAUUGUUACCAACGACCACAGUACCAUGUUUGCAAAAUCCAUUGUAUCGGCCGAACUCGCAACCAAAUCCUCAUGGAUGAGAAUCCCUGACUGUGGAUUUAGCGAUCAUUUAUCCACAUUUAUCACAGUUUUUUCAAAAAACUCCAAAAUCAUUAAAAACUAG